GCGUGUGUCCUCCACAUCCACCAUUACUUAUCUCUUCCUCAAGCGAAAGUUCACCCUUUUUCAUGGCAUCUGAUCACUCAUCCCAUAACCAGGCAAAAUUCGUACUCGCAAACAAUGACCUUGAGCAACAAGAAACUAUGGAGGUUGAAACCAAGGACUUGGAUUACUCAAAGCGAUCUCAGUGGCUGCGUGCUGCUGUCCUAGGAGCCAAUGACGGAUUGGUCUCAACAGCAUCUCUAAUGAUGGGUGUGGGAGCAGUGAGGCAAGACAUAAAAGUUAUGAUCCUAACAGGGUUUGCAGGGCUAGUGGCUGGUGCAUGCAGCAUGGCCAUAGGGGAGUUUGUGUCUGUGUACUCGCAGUUGGACAUAGAAGUUGCUCAGAUGAAAAGGGACAGUGAAAGGGAGAAUGGCAGAGACAGAGAUGAAGAGGAAGAUGAGAAGGAGAAAGAGAGUUUACCAAACCCUAUACAUGCUGCAGCAGCCUCAGCUUUAGCAUUUUCUGUUGGUGCAAUUGUUCCUCUUCUUGCAGCCUCUUUCAUAAGGGAGUAUAAGGUGAGGAUUGGUGUGGUUUUUGGAGCAGUGAGCUUUGCUCUUGUGGUGUUUGGUUGGCUUGGGGCAGUGUUGGGUAAGGCUCCAACGUUGAGGUCUUGUGUGAGAGUGUUGGUUGGGGGUUGGCUAGCCAUGGCCAUAACUUUUGGACUAACCAAGUUGAUUGGGUCAAGUGGUCUUUAGUUAUCAAUAUAUGUCUCUUCUUCUGAAAUGAGUUUUGCUAACCAAAUGCAUCUCCUUUUAUCAACUCUCCUUCAGAGUCCCUUCAUUUUUGCUUUUCAUAUAUAAAGCAUGAGGCGAGACGACGUGAAUGGAAGAAAGUUCGCAUGGCAAUAAACUAGCAUCAAAAAAAGGUCUAUCGAUCACAACCUUGUAUACAUAUAUCUAUUGUUGUUUAUGUAUCAAAAAUUCAAAAGGUUAAUUCCUCUCCUUUGACUGGAA